AUGAGAGAAGUCAACUUCAGCAUCCCCAACGUCAACAAGGCGUCGGUCGGCAUUACGACCGCCCUUUACGAUCGACGAGCUCUCGACUGUACAUCCACUCUUCCUCUCAUUAACUCUCUCAACCAUCUCGCCUACCUCACCACCUCAUCCGCUCGCAUCCGUGACAUCCUUACCGUCGAUGGCGGCAUCGAGCGCUUGGUGUGCAUUCUGAAACGCGGCCGCAGCAAGGACAUGAUGGAUAUGUGGAAGUGGAACUUGGCCUUCCAGUGCGUCGUCAACAUUGGUGUUAGGGGCACCGAAAAUGUUCGCACCCGCGUCGUCGAGGCUGACAUGGUCCCCGUCAUCGCUACCAUUCUCGACAACUACAUAAAGGUCACGGAGAAGUGCAGAGAUAAAUCCGACGAUAAGAGCAAGGAUCAUCACCACCGUCACAGGAGCCACGAGCACCGCAGUGUUCACAAGGCUCCUUCCUUCACCAACAGAUCCAGCCGUGUUGAGGUCGACCAGAGAGCCUCUCGCCGCCAGGCACCCCCUCCAUCCAUCGACGUUUCCGCAACCUAUGCCGGGUCCUCGUCGUCCAGCUCUGCAGUCGACCAGCAGACUACUGAGUUCACACCCACGCCACCCCAGUACCCGUCCGCGUCCUCGACUGAGCGACCUGCCCUCCCAGCUCACCGACAUCACCAUCAUCACCACCACCAUUACCGUGCUACCGAGGCCCGUCAUGCUGUGCCAUCUCCACCUCGUCAGACGGUCCAACCGCUUGCACCGGCUGUGCCUGCUGCGGAAACCAUGGAGGGCUUCGUUCGGCCUGUCCGCGAUGUUGAUCGCCUUGCGUCAAUGAUAAAUUUUGGCAACGCGAACUUGACCUCGCAGCCGUCCUCACCCACAACCCCCUUGCCGCCGCCCCAGAUGCGUUCUCCCACCGUUCGACCCACCUCUGGGCUCGCACCAACUAGCCGAUCCCGGCGCCGUCCUUCCAUCCGACACCAGAACUCCACCGUCGACUCGGACGAUUUGGUUGGCGACGAUGCGCCCUCUGACGAAUCUCCGGAUGCGGAGAUGUCGGGAACUGGUAAUGAGGCCGCUGUCAACAUUCAAGAUAUUACCAUGGAGGAAGGGGAUAGCAUGCUUGCUGGCUCCACGACUAUGGAUCUGAAUACUCCUACCGUGUCAGAGACUCAGGAUACCGGAACCUUCAACAUAACGCACCGCGGCCCCGUUGAGACGAGCAACAAUGCCGCCACGACUCCCGCUCCUGUGCCGCCCAUCGGUCUUUCGCCAAACCGUCCCGCUAUGGUUACUCCACCUCAGCCAGCCAUCCCCAACGCCAGCGUUCCCCGAUAUCUGCUCGAUCGGCAGUUUGUUCCCAACGCCCAGAUGCUUGCUGCUAUGCCUCGUGAAGAGGACGUUUUGAUGUCUCUCCAGUUGCUUGCGUACGUCUCCAAGUACUGCGGCCUGCGGUCUUACUUUCAGAAGAGUCACCUCGUUCCCCGGCUCAAAAUCGGCAAGGAACUUAAUUUUUUGGACGGUGAGAACGCCGCCACAGAUGUUGAAGAAGAAGAACUGGAGGACGAGUACUUGCUUCCCGACGACUUCAACAUAUUCCCUCUCGUGGAAAAGUUCACAGUCCGACACCACAGUACGGAUAUGCAGUACUGGGCUGGCGUCGUCAUGAGAAACUUGUGCCGAAAAGACGAUACCCGUGGAGGUAUCCGACAAUGCGCCUACUAUCAGUGCGGCAAAUGGGAAGAGUUCACCCGACAAUUUGCCAAAUGCCGCCGUUGCCGCCGCACAAAGUAUUGCAGCAAAGAAUGCCAAAAGAGCGCGUGGGCUUUUCACCGACACUGGUGUGUCGCCGCAACCCAAUGA